AAAACUAGGAGACAAAUCUAGAGGGUAACAAAUUUCUAAAACCCUUCCCUUGCUUCGAAAGCUAGAUUAUUCUUCUUCCAACUCCUUCUAAACCCAAAAUAAGCCAUCUACAGCUUCUUUGCAUCUUGCUCUAGUGCAACUAGUGACCUGAAAAGCCCAAUAUUCGACAUCGAUAGUUUCGUUUGGAGGGAGAUUUGAUUUCAGACUCUCAACCCUCGAUAGCAUGACCUGUUAGCUUACUCUACUCUUUUUAUUCUCCGGACGCUCUCAACGCUGUUGUUUUCCUCUGAGUGUGAUUGUUUCCAGAGCUUUUAGUGGAAGAAGCAGUUGGUGGAGGAAAUAGAAUGAAUUUUGAAUUUAUGGGUUUGGUUUGAUUGAGUUUUUGAGUUUGUCCUCCCUGAUGUCUGUAGAAAGUCAUCUCAGCCUCUGUUAUCUCCGAUUCUCAUCGACGAUGGCAAAAAGAGCUUUGCAUUGGAGAAAUGGACAGGGGGGAAAUGCUACAUGCUUUCCGCAAGGGACCUUACACUUGUCUAGAAUUUUCAGAAGUGGCUGAGCUUAUUAGAGUGUGUUGGUUUCAAAUCAAAGGCGAAAUUAGUAUCCAGAUGUUGUCCCCAAAAACAUUGUAUGCGGCUUACUUGGUGUUCAAAUUGACAACAAGUGCUUAUGGGUUUGAAGGACAUCCAGCAGAGAUCACUGUAGAGCUUGCUGGAAGUGAAAAAGAUAAGCGUAGUGUUUUUUUGGUUUCAGCAAGAGGACAGAGGCGGCAAUACCAAACUUUAAGAAGGCUAACUGGUUUGUUAAACUGCAGCCGGGUUUCGGGGUUGCAACCCUCCGUGGCUGCUGGAGAAAGCUAUGGCAAAUACCCGAAAGAGAGAGUAGAUGGGUGGCUGGAGAUUGAAUUGGGUGAGUUCAAUAGCGAGAACGGCGGAGAUGGAAAAUUGAAGAUAAAUUUACAAGUGAAAGGUGAUCACUGGAAAAGUGGUAUCAUUGUUCAAGGGAUAGAGAUUAGGCCAAAAGGAGAUUAAAAAAUUAAGCAAGCAAUUGCUAUUUGAAGGUUGGGGCAAAGACUAAUCGUUCCAGGAUUUUAUAUUAGUAUGUUGUAAUUUAUUAUAUUAUAUACACAAAUAAUUAAAGCUUCAUUCUCUUC